AUGGGGCUGGAGGGACCAGAGACAGCCGGCCAGCCACAAGUGACUCUGCUGCCCACACCCAAUGGCAGUGGCCCCGGCUGGGAGUUGGAAGGCCCCUGGCCGGAGCUCCCAGAGCGGUCGCCCUGCGUGGCUGGCGUCGUCCCUGUCAUCUACUACAGCGUCCUUCUGAGCCUGGGCUUGCCUGUCAAUCUCCUGACCACAGUGGCUUUGGCCCGUCUUGCCGCCAGGACCAGGAAACCCUCCUACUACUACCUUCUGGCGCUCACGGCCUCGGACAUCGUGACGCAGGUGGUCAUCGUGUUUGUGGGCUUCCUGCUGCAAGGCGCGGUGCUGGCACGCCAGGUACCCCGGGCUGUGGUGCGCACGGCCAACGUCCUGGAGUUCGCGGCCAACCAUGCCUCUGUGUGGAUCGCCGUCCUGCUCACGGUCGACCGCUACCAGGCCCUGUGCGGCCCCCUGCACCAUCGGGCCACCUCGUCCCCAGGCCGGACCUACCGGGCCAUCGCCGCCGUGUUCGGUGCUGCCCUUCUGACGGGCAUCCCCUUCUACUGGUGGCUGGACGUGUGGAGGGACGCAGACCCCCGCACGAUGGACGAGCUCCUCAAGUGGGCUCACUGUCUCAUUGCCUACUUCGUCCCCUGUGGGGUUUUCCUGGUCACCAACUCAGCCAUCAUCCUCCGGCUCAGGAAAAGAGGCCAGCGUGAGGUUCGAGCCUGGGUGAGCAAGAGCACAGCCAUCCUCCUGGGGGUCACUUCGCUCUUCGCCAUCCUCUGGGCACCCCGGAUCUUCGUCAUGCUCUACCAUUUGUACGUGGCCCCCGUGUACCGGGACUGGAGGGUCCACCUGGCCUUGGACGUGGCCAAUAUGGCGGCCAUGCUCAACACGGCAGUCAACUUCGGCCUCUACUGUUUCGUCAGCAAGACUUUCCGGGCCACCGUCCGCCAGGUCAUCCGUGAUGCUCACCUGCCCUGCGCGCUGGGGUCGCGGUCAGAGGACGUGGGAGUGGAGCCCACAGAGGGUUUCAGCUACGUUCAGAAGGAAGGACAGUGGAGCGGAGAAGCCAGGUCUCCGGUGGCCCUGCUGCUAGACUCAGAACUCGAGACCCCGGAGCCCAGGCCCCGUGGCCACGCGCCUCCAGUUCCCCUAAAUCUGUCCUCCAGACGGAAGAGUCACACCUGCAAAGAAAAGGGACUUCGGGGGAAGGGCAGGUUUUUCCACGUGUUUGGCUCUGCUUCAGGCCGGCCGAACACUUUCAGGGGUCCCGCACGCAGCCUCCGGCACCUCAACCCCUCUCGCCAGCCCCCUUCCUUUCCUUCUUCUCUCCGGAAUGAGGAUUCUGGCCCGUGGCUCUCCUCCCCUCUGGGGGCCAGCUUUGCCAACGCAGUCCUGACCCUGCCAGGCCCUGCCAGCACCGAGGCCUUCCACUGCCCUCCAGGGGCCCAGGACGAAGCCUGUGAUCUCAGCAUGGUGGCCUCUGGCCUCCCAUCCCCAUCUCUCUCCAAGGCCCCCUUCCAACCAUGA